CAAAAAAAUCCGUUUUUCAACCCUUGAAUCUUCUCCUUCCUGUAUUUCUUCCAGGGCGGCCACUCCAUUCCUACUCAUCUACUUCUCUUCUGAAGCUCGUAAGCUCCCUCUAAUGGCCUCCCCCUCCUCUAUCCUCAUCAACCUCCCACCCCAAGUAUACCACCAUGAAGAAACCCCCAAUGCCGCUCUCCUCUCCAACCCCCCUUCAUCCUCAUCUCCUCUCAGAAACCCCAAAUCCCUAACUUUUUCCUCUCUCAUCAUCAUCUCUUCCCUCUCCAUUGCCCUCGCAUUCCACCUCAUCUCCACCCCCUUCUCCCACUCCUCUCUCAAAUCCCCCCAUCUCACCAACCUCACCCAUCCCGCCGUCAUCAUCCUCUCCUUCGACGGCUUCCGCUUCGGCUACCAUCUUAAAACCUCCACACCAAACAUCCACCGUCUAAUGGCCGAAGGAACCUCGGCAGACGAAGGUCUCAUCCCCGUUUUCCCUUCCCUCACCUUCCCCAACCAUUAUUCCAUCGCCACUGGUCUUUUCCCUACUUACCACGGAAUAAUCAAUAACUACUUCCCCGACCGUGAAAAUCCUAGCGACUGGUUCUCGCCCAGUAACCACGAUCCGAAAUGGUGGCUCGGGGAGCCGCUCUGGCAGACUGUCGCCCGUAGGGGAUUCAACGCAGCUGGCUAUUUCUGGGCUGGAACAGAGGUGAGAAAGGGAUCUUGGACCUGUCCUCCCAAAUUCUGCCCUAAAUAUAACUCCUCCACCCCUUUCUUUGAAAGAAUUGAUGACAUCUUGGGAUAUUUUGAUCUCCCGGAGGAGGAGAUUCCUAUCCUUUCAAUGGUUUACUUCCAGGACCCGGACAGCGAAGGGCAUAUCUAUGGCCCCGAUCAUCCAGAAAUCACUAAAGCUGUAGCUCAUGUGGAUUCCGUGGUUGGAAGAUUGAUUACUGGGUUGGAAAAAAGAGGAAUUUUUGAGGAAGUCACCAUUAUUCUGCUCAGUGAUCACGGAAUGGCCGGCAUCUGCGAUGAGAAAUAUGUGUUUCUGAACGAAUUGGCUCCUUGGAUUGAGAUUGAUAAGAACUGGAUCAAUUCUGCGGAGUCGUUGCUCACCAUUCAACCUCCACCAGGAGUUUCAUCGGCUGAAAUUGUGCAGAAGAUGAAUAAGGGACUCAGCUCUGGAAAGGUUGGGAAUGGAAAUAUGUUGAGAGUGUAUCUAAAGGAGGACUUGCCGGAGCGGUUUCAUUACGCUGAAAGUAAUAGGAUUCCGCCAAUCAUCGGAGUUGUAGAAGAAGGGUAUACAGUGAAGUAUGAGAGGGAGAAGAGGUAUCCAUGUGGAGGGUCUCAUGGUUAUGAUAACUUGCUGUUGUCCAUGAGAACCUUUUUUGUCGCUCAUGGGCCAAGGUUUGCAAGGGGGAAGAUGAUACCUUCGUUUCAGAAUAUUGAGGUUUACAAUCUUGUAACGGCUAUUCUGAAUUUGAAUGGAGCUCCUAAUAACGGCUCUGUUUCCUUUGCGAAUUCUGUUCUUCUGAAAAAGUAAGGCUUGAAGAUGGAUACCGGGUGGUUUAAAGUCUAUGUGCUCAUGAUGCCUUCAAAGAAAGAUGCACUAGAGAAAGUUGAGGGAGCCAAACUAAAACUUCAUAAUGGCACAAUUCUCCAGAAGAAAUCACCUGCUGAAGCUUCUGCACCAAAAUCUGGAUGUAGGGAGAGAAGCAGAAGAUAGAGUAGCCGAGCAACGCCCGUCCAAAGCUUGUGAGAGUGAACCAAACACUUUUACUUGAAAAUUAUUCUACUCAGAACAGUGGAGUAAAUUUAGGGAAAUUUACAUACACCUCACAAUUCUUAUGUAUUUACAUAUCUACCAUCCAAGAAGGUAUAUUUCAAGGUGUCAUGAAUCUUGCGUGAUGGUGGUAUUUUUUGAUGUGAUGUUAAUGAUUUGAGCGGUAUGUUUGUAAAUAUAAAUGU